AUGGCGGCGGCCCCGCUGUACUGUGUCUGCCGGCAGCCCUACGAUGUGAGCCGGUUUAUGAUCGAGUGCGACAUCUGUAAAGACUGGUUUCACGGCAGCUGUGUGCAGGUAGAAGAGCAUCAUGCUGUGGACAUCGAUGUUUACCACUGUCCCAACUGUGAUGUCGUACACGGACCCUCCCUGAUGAAAAAACGAAACAACUGCCACAGGCACGACUACACAGAGCCAGACGAUGGAUCCAAGCCGGUGCAGGCCGGCACUUCAGUGUUUGUCAAGCAGCUCCAGAACAGGACCUUCGCCAGCGGUGAUGAGAUAAUGAUGCAGAUGAAGGGCGAGCAGGUGACGACCAGAUACCUGGAGAGACACGGCUUCGACUACCCCAUAAGGGUGACGGAGAAGGAGAGCCUGGGACUCAAACUACCACCUCCUACUUUCUCUGUCAAGGAUGUGGAGCAGUAUGUCGGUGGCGACAAAGUCAUCGACGUGAUUGAUGUGGCGCGGCAGGCGGACAGCAAGAUGAAGCUCAGCGAGUUUAUCAAGUAUUUCACCAACCCACAUCGACCCAAGGUCCUCAACCUCAUCAGCCUGGAGUUUUCUGACACCAAGAUGUCAGAGCUGGUGGAGGUUCCUGACGUGGCUCAGAAGAUGUCCUGGGUGGAGAACUACUGGCCCGACGACUCCUUCUUCCCCAAGCCCUUUGUCCAGAAGUACUGCCUUAUGGGGGUCAAGGACAGCUACACAGAUUUCCACAUAGACUUCGGAGGCACCUCUGUCUGGUACCACGUUCUCUGGGGUGAGAAGGUCUUCUACUUGAUCAAGCCCACUCUCGCCAACCUUGCACUAUAUGAGGCAUGGAGCUCCUCGCCCAAUCAGAGUGAAGUGUUCUUCGGGGACAAAGUGGAGAAGUGCUACAAGUGUGUCGUGCCCCAAGGAACCACCCUGCUCAUCCCCACAGGCUGGAUCCAUGCUGUUCUCACCUCUCAGGAUUGCAUGGCGUUUGGAGGGAACUUCCUUCACAACCUCAAUAUUGGCAUGCAGCUCAGGUGUUAUGAGAUGGAGCGUCGCCUGAAAACACCAGACCUCUUCAAGUUUCCGUACUUCGAGGCCAUCUGUUGGUAUGUGGCCAAGAACCUCUUGGAAACGCUAAAAGAGCUACGAGAGGAUAACUGUCCGCCACCAACCUACCUGGUGGAGGGAGUCAAGGCUUUAAUCGGAGCACUGAGGACCUGGUUGAAGAGAGAGGUGACUGAGCCCACCAGUGAGGUACCAGACCAUAUCAGGCCCAACCAUCUCAUUAAAGAGCUGACCAAGGAAAUCCGCUACCUGGAGGAGGAACCGGUCAGCGGUAGCAAGCCAGUGAAAUCUCAGGGAAGUGGGUGUGGAGUCGUGCCUGGAGUAAACGCCUGCCCAGCCACUCGCGCCACGCUGGAGAGGCUGUGCCAGGCCCGGCAGGCGAGGAGGGCGGCCCGGCGGCUGAGGGAGCAGCAGCGGCAGGCCCCCAAAGUGCCCUCCAACCUGGACAUCCUGGAGCAGCACACCAGGGAGGUGCUGAGGAGGCUGGAGGUGGGACCGCUGGAGGAGGAUGCGGCGUUCUGUGCCAAGGUUCGUGGGAAGCUCAACAAAGUGUCGACUGCAUCAGCAGCUGCAGAGACUAUAGAGGAAAACCACCUCCGACUAAUGCUGGUCAACGGCAGGAUUAUCAGAGAUAUGAGGCGGCCAGGCAGCAGCCCGGUGAAGACGGAGGGUGAUCGGUCCUCCGUUGGCCCACCAAAGAGUUGUGUGAACAUCAAGUCUGAGAGGACAGAAGACGGUCAGGAGCUGCACAGAAUGGUGGACAAACCCAUACUCCUCAGCGGUCUGCAGAGGGUGAAGACUGAACUCAGGGAAGAAGUCUCAGGACACUCCAGUGUGUCAGACGUGGAUUCAGACGGUGACUCUCCCACAGAGCGAAAAGCCUCGUCGUCUUCGUCUUCAUCGUCGUCUUCGUCAUCGUCGUCCUCUUCCGAUGACGAUUCAGGGAGUUCCCAGGAGGACGAGGAUGAGGAGGAGAGGGGCUCGUCUCAGCUGAGAGGCUCAGGGCACACCAUAGAGCUGGACCAGUCUGGCCAGAAACUCAGGCACAAACACAAACCACUCAAACGAGAACGUCCUACCUCACCCAGCACAGAAGAGGCCAUUCAGGGGAUGCUGUCCAUGGCGGGUCUGCUGUGCUCCUCCGAGCCCGAGAAGGUGGCCUCGUCCCAGGAGCCGUGGUGGUCCGGCUCGGGCCAGUGCUCGCCGCUGGAGCGCCGGGAGGAGGCGCAGCACCAGCACCGCCUGCAGGGGGACAAGAGCCCCAUGGACAGCCAGGGCAACAGCAGCGAGGCCUGGGACAAUCAGGGGCUCCCCAGCCCGCUCAGCCGGAGCCACGGCGGCAGCCCCGAGACGGACUACCAGUACUGUGACCCCUCCAUGUCUCCACCGCUGCACCCCUCCAAGAGGCACGCCCCCAACCCCCCACCUAUCAGCAAUCAGGCCACCAAAGGCAAGCGGCCCAAAAAAGGAAUGGCCACAGCCAAGCAGAGACUGGGGAAGAUCCUGAAACUCAACAGACACAAUCGCGUCUUUGUGUAACACUCCAAAUCCUCAAAAGCAAAAAUGAUGCUUUGGGGGACAUUUUCUUGAAGAAAAAAAAAGAAACAUUGGUGUAUUUGUUACCGGACACUUUUGUGCUGUAGUAAAUGGAGAAAGAGAGAAAAAACACUGCCUGGAGAGACUACCGUAACUGAACGAAUCUUGACACGUAAAAAAAAAAAAAAACACGCUCACUGUGCAUGCUUAGGAGACAGGGUAAUGGAUUUGAAAUAAGCAAGUGCACGUCUUCACCACAAGCACACUAAGAACAAAACGGAAAGGAGCUACGGGAAGCGGAGAGGGACAAGCAUGUUGUGAAAUGUUUCUGCUGCAGGGAAAAGGUGGACUGAAGCUCCUGCUGGCAUUCAAAUGGACAAAUGAGAUGUAGGAGGUCUACCAAACGAACAUCAAAAACGCUUCUUGCUUCGCUGGGGAGCAGCUUCUGAUGCCAAGAUCAUCCGCGUCAUACUUUAAAGGGAUAGUUCGCCUUUUUCUUGGAGUGGUGAUGUAUGAGUUCCUUAUCACUAGUCGGUGUGUUGCUACAGUAGAUGGCGGUUUGGACGCCCCCAGUUUGGAGCACAAACUGUAUAUAAACGUGGACGACAAGAAAGUCCUUUAAAAGUUCAAAACACCUUGAUCGCCCCCUGGUGGCUGGCUGCAGUACAGGUCAUAAACCCUGUCAUUCAGAUGGGGAAUGAGCCAAACUAAAACCACAAAGUCAUUUUUAAAUAGUUCUUAUCACACUGAUUUACAAUACAAGUGUUUAUUUUUCUUUUAAGUUUAGCUUUAAUUUCUUAUUUGAUGCUAUAAAACCUCUUUCUCUGGACUGGGGGGCAGCAUCAAAACAUAUUUUUGCCCCCCUAAAAGAAAAAUCAGAUCAAUUGUAUUUAUGUUUUACAAUUCUGAGAAUGUUUUUCACAGCUUUACCGUGCUGUCACACAGCCCUGUUUUCAGUUUAUGUAUGCUGUUUUCGAUGCUCUUUAAAGCCGCCAGACUCCAUUGACAAAAACAGUAAUUUAACCUCACAGACUGUGAGUUGCUGGUCGAUAGCUGCCUCGAUCAGUUCGUCUGUUUGUGUUAUUGUGUCACUUUGGGUGAUUUUAAAAGGAUUAAUUCAGAUUCACACAGUCACACAGCAAGACUAGGUCAAAACCUAAUAUUUGGCUGUGCUGUCUGUUACAGGAAUAGUUAAUGGUAGUGUCUAUGGUGUGAAUAUUUUCGGAUAUUUAAGCAGUUGGUAUGCUUUUAUCCCAGUAAUACAAACAAAAACUAAGGUUCAUAAUAACCUUUUCAAAUUAAAUGAGUGAAGUUAAAGCAGUGUCAUUAUGAGGCCAAUGACAGAUUAGAUAACAUUAGAUAACACUUUAUUGAUCCCACAUUGGGGAAAUUCACUUGUCACAUCAGCAAAAACAAGCAAAAUGUGUAAUAAAUAUAUGUAGUAGAAGUUUGAAUGAAAAAUCAAGAUUAUGAUGCCAUUAUUAUAACAUGUUAAAACAGUCACAUACACACCCUUGUGUAGGGCUGACCUCAGAAACCAAAACAGACCAAUCAAUCGAGGCUUGCAACUCCUGUAUUCUGUAAGGUAAAAUUAACGUUUUUGUCAAUGGAGUCUGGUGGCUUUGAAGAGAGCUUGGACAACAGCUUCCUUUUAUAGAAAGAUUUCUUAGGUGGUUAAAAUAUGUUUUGCUGCAGCUCCUGUGUCAGUAUUCCUGCCUGCAGCCAAACUUCCACCAUCUACAGUAUAGACCGACUCUAGAUAAGCACCUCAUACAACCUCACUUCAAUGAAUCCAAACCAUCCCUUUAUUAUUUCCUCUCUCUGCUGAACCACCCUCUGCACAAGCUUCACUUGCUUCACGGCGAUCUGCGACGAACUGAACCGGGACGGAGGAGCAGAUGAAACGGAGCUGUAAAUCUCUAGCAGGGUCUCUCUUAUUUUAUUUUUUUGUUCUCCUCUGGCUCUGAAAAGGGGGAAACGAGGUGCUAAGGAGGUGAAGCGCGGUGAACUGAAAUUUCAAAAUGGUGCUUAUUGUUUGUACUUCUCCACUCAUGCUUGUCCCUUCCAGCCCUGAUUACCCCCCCACCCCCCUUUUAUCUCAGUCACACCAGCAAUAAUGACUUUUGAGGAGAGAGGAAAAGAGAGAGAGGCAGCACUUUGGUGCAUUCGUCCCCCCUGGACUCGUAGAACAAUCUGAGUAGAUGCAUUACAGACUUUAAACUCUCACGUCGGCACUGUGUUGUCUGAUAAUUAGAGUUUCUGAGUGAUUCCGGCUGCUCAAAGUGCUGCCUCUCCGAAUUUGUUUAAAAUAGGAAUUACGAGUCAUUCGCUCUCGAGGACGACGAAAUGACUCCCGCUUAAUUUAUUUCUCGUUUUAUCUAUGUUGUUGAUUUUUUUUAAUGUGUUAUUUUUAUGGAUUCUGAAUGAUGUAUUUAUUAAUUGAAAGAGAUAAUGAUUUUAUUAUAUUUUGACCCUAAAGCC